AUGGCAGAAUGCAAAUUGCCAAGAGAGAUGGUGGUAGAAAUCUUUCUAAGGCUGCCUCCGAAAUCUCUAAUGCGAUUCAAGUGCAUUCAUAAGUCAUGGAAUUCUCUGAUCAAUAGUCGCCAUGUCGUCGACAAGCAUUUCCAUUUUCACAACAACCAAACCUCCUCCACCACUAUCCUUCUAAGGCGUUGUGUAACCCACAGAGAAACUAGGAAUGAAGAUGUGGUUCAUUCUUUGCUGACUCUUCGCAAUGAGAAUAAUGGUGAUGAGGAUAACCUACAUUACGAAAUCGAGGACAUCCAUUUUCCGCCUGCAGUUGGUCUGAAAACUAGGGCACAAUUUAUUGAGAAUCCUGGUCCAAAUUUUGAUUGUGCAGCGAUCAGGGAAUUCAAGGUCAUACCUGAGCCUUGCCUCCCUGGCCUCCGUGAGCUGUUGUACCGUUCUGAAGCAUUUGGCUAUGAUCCCAAUUCGGAAGAUUUCUUCAUUGUCGUCGUUGCAGGUUACGGUCAUUAUAAUGACGGUGGUAUAGAAGAACGUCUCACUCUUUAUCCUCAGAGAGCAGAGAUGUACACAAUGAGAACGGAUUCUUGGGAAGAGAUCAACAUUCACAAUUUGGAGAACGAAACUACUAUGUUUCGUCCUUACAAUUUUCAAGUGUAUCUCAAGGGUAAGUGUUACUAUUUAGCACUAGAAAUCUCGAAGGAGUUCAUGUCAUCGUUCGAUAGCCUUGAGGAAAUGGGAAGGGCAGCAAUCAUUUGGUUCGACACGAGCGAUCGGGUUUUCCAUACUGCAUUGACUCCUGAUCCUCUCUAUAGAUACCCAGCUCAUGACUUCGAGCUUGCAGUGUGGAACAAUUCCGUUGCUGUUUUUGGCUAUCAUCGUGAAGGAAGCCAGCCCUUUGAAAUCUGGGUGAUGGGUAAGUUUGAUGGUUUCACUUGUGAAUGGAUAAAGCACCUAUCAAUUGACAUCAUGGAGUCACCUUUGUCACUGGUACUUUGGGAAGGCAAUCAGAGUCUCUUGGUUUCCCCGCGUGUACGAGUAGCCCUGUACAGCUUUGCAACAAAAACAUCCAAGUAUUUUCCAAUUUAUGCUUCUGAUUAUUUCUAUGCAAUUCCUGUUGUAAAUAGUAUAGCGCCACUCAAUAGGGACCUAAUUUGUGCUGAUAUUUCUUGA